AUGUGGAAUGCGCCCCCCGGUUUCAGACCAACUAAAUCGGCUCCUUCAUCACCGGCCAAGCCUCUUGGUAUUUCACGAACUCAAUCCGAGUCCUUUCAUGUCACCCACAAAGUCCCAGUUGGUCAUACCCCCUAUGUCCGAGCCAAAAAUGUUCAAUUAGUGGAUAAAGAUCCAGAGAGGGCAAUUCCGUUGUUUUGGGCAGCAAUUAAUGCAGGUGAUAGAGUGGAUAGCGCUCUGAAAGAUAUGGCCAUUGUGAUGAAGCAGCAAAAUAGGGCUGAAGAAGCCAUUGAAGCAAUUAAGUCGCUGCGCCAUCGCUGUUCAGAUCAAGCUCAAGAGUCUCUUGACAACAUUUUAGUGGACCUUUACAAGAGAUGUGGAAGAUUGGAUGAUCAAGUAGCGUUGUUGAGGCACAAAUUGUAUCUAAUUCAGCAAGGGAUGGCUUUCAACGGGAAGCGAACCAAGACAGCAAGAUCACAGGGGAAAAAAUUUCAAGUUUCUGUGGAGCAAGAGGCAACUCGUUUGCUGGGGAAUUUAGGAUGGGCAUUGAUGCAGCAAAACAAUUACAUUGAAGCGGAGGAUGCUUACAGGAGGGCCCUUCUGAUUGCACCCGACAACAACAAAAUGUGCAAUUUGGGCAUUUGUUUGAUGAAACAAGGGAGAAUAGAUGAGGCGAAAGAGACUCUUAGAAGAGUGAAACCAGCCAUUAUUGAUGGCCCUAGAGGUGUUGAUUCGCAUCUCAAGGCCUAUGAGAGAGCACAACAAAUGCUUCAAGAUCUUGAAUCUGAGAUAAUUAGUAAGGGCGGAGAUCGGGUCGAGCAGAGUAAGCUGUUUGAUGCAUUUCUGGGCUCUUCUGCAAUCUGGCAGCCUCAGCCUUGCAAGGAGCCUAUCAGAAAAUUUGCAAGACCUGAUAUCGAAUUUCCUGAUGAGAAUGUCAACUCUAACAUCCCCUCGGUACAAAAAAGUGUCAAGACAGUUGUUUACUGGGGAAAUUCACUCAAUAUCGAUGCACAACCAUUCUUUUCGUCCAAAUUUGCUCCGCAAUUUCCAGAAAGCCUUAAGAGAACAAGGUCUGGCAAUGCAGAGAAUUCAAGUGAAAAUGAAAUGGGAGGAAAGCAAAUGACAUCUUCUGCUGAGCCGGAAAAUAUAGUACGAAAGCCGGCAUCCUCGCUGGAGAAAACAGAAGACAAGUGGGUAGAUUUGCUUCCUGACAGUGAGGAUUUUGAGAAUGCAAUAAUAGCCGCGGUUUUGGGUUCUGACGGUGAAACCAAGAAGGCAGAGGAAACAAGAAAUGAUACUGGAUUUCCCCAAAGGAAGGUAGACAAAAGGCUAAAAGUUUUCCAAGACAUUACACUGUCUUUGAGUCCAAGGGCUUGA